AUGCCACCUCGAGUUCGGAAGUCGGACAUCGCGCCAAUUGAUUGGACUGAUGAUCGGACUUGGGCGCUGAUUGGAGAAAUGGAGGAGUGUCACAAUGCCAAGGUUCUCUUUGGGAAAAAAGAGAAAGAUGAGAACACCUCAGGGGAGCGGAAGAUCAUGGUUUAUAAAGCCAUUGCUGCGAAGCUGUUCCCUGAGGAGUCUAAGCUGUAUGCAAAGGCUAUGGGAGACCGGGUGAAAAGUAAAGUUGAAGCCCUUCGUAAGAAGUACAUCAUCAUGGCGAAGCGCCUCAAGCAAACUGGGGAUGGCCUGACUGGUGAUGAUGCCUCUCAGGAGGUUGCAGAUGGACCUAUCGAGGUCUAUAUGCCAUUUUACAUCUCACCAGAGGGUCCUGACCAUGACACUAUCCCUGAGGCUCGUAACAUCUGGGAGCAAAUUUGCAAGGAUCUCCCCUACUUUCCUGCUCUCCAUCGUCUUUGGGCUUCACGCCCGAAUGUAGUCCCUCCUGUUGUCACCACAGGAAUAGGACCACGGGGUCGUUCGGUGGUUUAUAUGCAGGACCCUCAUCGUGGUGCUCUUGCAGAGGAUUUGAACCGUGACAAUAUCCCCAUUGAUCCGGUUCUACUCGCCAUGGAGCGGGAACUGUUCUCCCCAACUGCUGACCUGUUUAGACCUCUCAUUCCCUUGGAUGAUGAUCCUCCCGCACCUGGAGCUCCCAUUGUCCAUCCCCCUGGGCGUUUCUUUGGAGCUGACGCUACCAACACUCCCUCAUCAUCUCAGGCUUCUGCAGACGAUGAUACUCCACCUCCACCCACUCCAUCUCAGUCGAGGAAAGGUCCCAAGGUGUCCCAUCUUAGUGAUGAGGCACUUAACAAGGCCAAGGCCUCUAUCCAGGUUGUUCCCAAGAAGCGCUCUUUCGAAGAGUCAAUUAUUGAUGUUCAGAUGCAGCAAAUCAAACAGCUUGCUGACCGUGCUGAUGCUGACCGGAAUGUCAAGAUCCGCAAGCUGAUGCUGAAAGAGCUAGAGCUGGGUGUAAUGACUCCGGCACAGUAUAGGCGGCGGUUGAAAAAGAUGGGGAUGUUUUCUGAUGAUGAGAAUUCAGAUACCAACUAG